UAUCAACCCAUAGUUAUAUCUAAUACAGCUGCACAUAACUUUUUUUAUUUUUAUUUAUUUUGAAAUUUAAUAAGCAUGUGUGUGUGUAUGAUUAUAAAUUGGUGAGUCAGCUUGUUUGUGACUUGCACUUGCUUCCACAAAACUUGAGUGAUUCUCCGUUGAUGGGCCUGACAGAUAUUUCACACCUCCGCUCCUCUUCAUCUGUUAUGUUUAUAUUCAAUUUCAAUCUGAUGAUAUUCAAUCGGUAAGCAACAAAGAUUUGGGUGAAAGCUGAAGAAAACUGUUGCCACAUGGGAUUGGGAUUGAGCGAAACUCAAGUGAAGUUAUGGAGAUUACUAUUGAAGCCUCUAUUAACAGCAGGUACUCAUCUUGGGUGAGAGAACAUCUCGAUGAGUUGCCUCAUAGCUUCACCAUAUCCGACCCCUGGAUUCCGGGUCACCCGAUUGUAUUUGCUUCAAAAGAGCUCUUGAAAAGGUCCGGUUAUUCACGACAGGAGGUUGUCGGUAACAACGGGAGGAUGUUUCAAGGGAUUAAGACCAACCGCCGAUCCGUUAUGGAGAUUCGACACGCGGUUAGGGAGGAGAGGACCAUACAACUCACUUUGUUGAACUAUAUGAAAAACGGGACACCAUUUUGGAUUUUCUUUCACAUGUUUCCUGUUUUCAGCAAGGAAGAUGGGAGAGUGGUCCACUUUGUUGGUGUUCAGGUCCCAAUUACGCCAACCCGGUCCGCAAGUGGGUUGUGUGAGUAUGAUGCCGCUGCUGCUCUUCGGUUUUGUCGAAGAGAGGUGUGUUCUGAUACCGUUGCAGAGUUGACCCGUAUUCGUAAUUUGGACCUAGCGGAUCAUGAUACAGAAUCUACCAACGCGGUAUGGAAGGUGAGCGAUUUGGAGAGACGAGAAGCGAGCAAUGCUAUGGGCAACAUACUCUCCUUGCUAACACACUACAGCCAGUUAACGAGCAAAUUAGUUUCGGAAAAGAGAUGCUGCUCAAGUUACAUGAGCGGUGUUGGCGCAUCCUUGAAUAUAUCUCUUGCUAGGAUAAAACACAGCUUUGUCUUGACGGAUCCACAUAAAACCAACAUCCCAAUCGUGUAUGCCAGUGACGCUUUCCUGGAAUUAACAGGAUACGCUAGACAUGAAGUAUUGGGACGAAGCUGUAGAUUUUUAAGCGGGCAGGAAACAGAUGUCUCAACUGAGUUACAGAUUACAAAUUGCAUUGAAGGUGGAAAAGCUUGCACUGUGUGCAUCCUAAAUUACAGAAAAGACGGGAGUCCGUUUUGGAAUUCUUUGCACAUUUCACCUGUGCGAAAUGCUUCUGGCAGGACGGCGUACUUUGUUGAGGUUCAGAUGAAUGUGAAUCGUGAUGAAAAACAGCAGAAUCUGAGGCCAGAGAUGAGCGUGGUGGCUGCCGUAAAAGUAGCAGUCAGGACUUCGGGAAUGCUGGCCACCACUUCCAACUCGUGACACAAAACUUGACUCUUUGUUGAUCUAAAAAUGUAAACAUAUAUUUUUAAGUUGAUCCAAUAUAUUUAUUUGGCACGUGUUUCUGCUGAGAUA